AUUAAAACAGAAUAAUAUUUCUGCAGCCAUGGCGAGUCCAAAAAUUUUGAUUUAUCUCCUAAGAAGAGACCUUAGAGUCCAUGACAAUCCUAUAUUCCAUAAACUUACCUCCAUGUCAUCACAGGCUAAUGCGCCAUUCACUCACUUAUUGCCGCUGUAUGUCUUCCCAGCUCAUCAAAUUGAAGUUUCUGGUUUCUUAUCGUCAUCUGAUGAGAAAUCUCCAUAUCCUGAAGCUCGGUCAAAAGUAGGUAAAUUCUGGAGGUGUGGUCAGUUGCGUGCCAAGUUCCUCGCAGAAAGUGUUUGGGAUCUGAAACAGAAUCUUGAAACCAUAGGCAGUGGCUUAGAGAUUCGUGUUGGUAUGCUACAUGAUGUUGUCAAACAGCUUGUGGAAGGUUUCAAGAGCAAAGGUGUCCAAGUGAAAGGCCUUUGGAUGACCUCUGAAGAGGGCUAUGAGGAGAAGGCUGAAGAGCGUCAGGUACGAAAGAUCAUUGUAAAUGCAGGUGGUGACUUCCAGCUGUGGAAGGAUGAGAAGUACUUCAUUGAUGACGAUGACAUUCCUUUUGAUGAUCCCCAAAAGUACCCUGAUGUUUUUACAAAGUACCGAAAUACAGUUGAACCUCUGAGGGAAGCCCCUCGAAAGGUCUUGCCUACGCCAAAAAAACUGCCCCCUCUUCCCCAAAACAUACCACCACAAGCUCAUCCAUUCAAAAUCCCAGGCAACCUUAAAGAUCUUAUUGCUGCUCUUCAGAAGCCGUUAGACGCAGGUCUUGGCCUCAAAAAUCCACCACAGAUGCCCUCAGCGGGUGCCAGCUCAGCAGUGCCUUUUGCUGGAGGGGCAACUUCUGGCCAAAAACGUCUCAAGCACCUUAUUGAAUCAGGAGCAAUGACGCGAUACAAAGAUACCCGUAACGGUAUGGUUGGGACGGAUUACUCAUCCAAGCUUUCUCUGUGGCUAGCUCUCGGAAGUUUAACAGCACGAGAGGUUCACUCUGCUCUGAUUGAUUUUGAAGAAGGUAAAACAGAUGUGGGAAAGGGAGCUGAGGGCUAUGGAAAGGGGGAGAAUAAGGGUACAACUCACAUGCGUUUUGAGCUUUUAUGGAGGGACUACAUGCGUCUAUGCACGCGAAAGUACGGAAGUCGGCUUUUCUUGGUUGGCGGUUUUCGCAAUGCACGGAAUAUCCAAUGGAAGCAUGACAACAGUAUCAUGCAACGUUGGCUAGAAGGCACCACAGGGAUAGGGCUUGUAGAUGCUGCGCAGCGAGAGUUAUUCCUCACUGGUUUUACCUCAAACAGGGCCCGGCAGAAUGUUGCCAGCUUUUUAACUAAACAUCUGGAGCAAGACUGGCGUCUUGGCGCGGAAUGGUACGAGUGUAAUUUGGUCGAUUAUGAUGUGUCCAGCAAUUGGGGGAACUGGCAGUACACAGCAGGAGUUGGAAACGAUCCCAGAGAAGAUAGGAAGUUCAAUCCAGUCAAGCAGGCCUCGGAUUAUGAUCCCAAGGCAGAAUUUGUAAAAGCCUGGAUCCCGGAGGUCAGGGAGUUACAACCUGAAGAGGCAUGGCAGUGCUGGAAAGCUAGCUAUGCUGCCAAACAGAAACCUGGAUUGCGCGGGAACAUCAUGGCAGAAAGACCUUUAGCAAAAAUAAGUUUUACACCACGCUCAGGAGGCAAUGAUGGUCAUCGUGGUGGAGGACGAAGUCGUGGCCGGGCACAAUGGUUUUAAAUCAAAAUUUGGAGCAGAUAAAAUCCUCUAUAUGGAAGCAACGGUGUUCAUCACACAAGAAACACUCUAGUCAUGAAUGUAAGUUAGUUGGCCAAUUAUUAAUCUGUGUGGCAUGAGACUUUAUUCUUGCAUAAUCUCCUCUCUAAUUAACUAUGCCUUUAUGACUGCCUAUUUCACUCUGAAUUCCGCACAAACUACUCCAACCUUUUUAAGAUUUUUGUAAAAGAAAAUCAGAAAAAGGCAUGUCUGUUAAAAGCCUGGGUUUGGAAACAAGUUCCUUAAUUUUAUUGUCAUUUACUUCUUAAUUUUUAAUAUUAUUUACAAAUUAAGUCUGUGUUUUGUGAUCUGCAUGCGGAAACGACCAAAAAAAGGAAACAUUUCUCAAGUACAUUCUCCUAUUUUAGUUGUUCUUUAAUGAUAGUGAAUUCUUACGACCAAAUCAUCCUAUAAUGGCCCACUAGAUUGCUACCUUUCAGUCAAAAUCUCAUACCUAUUGCUUAAAAUUGAUGUUGGUCUAAAUAUGUAUUUCAAAUGGUGAUUAAGGUGAAGAAUAUAUUUAAUAAUUGAACGCAUAAUCUGUCAGUAUUGAGUUUCUUUGUCACAAGAUUUUUUACAAGUAAGUAGUGCUAAAUAUAAUCUGAGCGCCUACUGUCACCUGCAACCUCGUUGUAACAUCUUAGUUAUAACUUGUGCUGUUAAAUUUUACACAUGAAAACGGAUUGUUCUCUCACAUUUUUUUUUAUGAAAAUUCACCCACUAAGUAUGUAACCGCCCACACCAAAUUGGAUCCAGGUUCCAAAAAACUGAAUAUUUUUAUUUUUUUACCGCUGUAUUAAGGGGUGUUGUACAAAUAUUUUAGUGGAUAACUCAUCUUAAAUUACUAAACAGAACUGAGCUAAAAUGUCUAUAAGUUUGUGAUUCAAGGAACAUAGUUUCAAGGAAAAGUAAUUCGAAGUUUAAAUUAAGUCCAAGUUCAGUGUAUGUAUGGGGCUUAAAAUUUUCGGAUUAAAAUGGAUCUUUUCACAUUUUAUUUAAGCAAAUACAUAAACGGUACUGCUCCUUAUCCUCAAAGAUACGAAAAAAUAUUUUGCAUUUGUUACUCAAAGUCCAAUUUUUCCAUUUCUUAGAAUGUUUAACCUCUGCCCCUGAAGCCCUUUUUCUACGAAUUUUCACAUUCUAUUAAAACAUCUAUGAAGUAGCCUAUUUUGUUUUCUUGUCACUCAAACUUUACCUUGGGCUGGAAAAAAUGUCAAUAGUUGUAUGGUUCAUCAGUCGACCAAUAAAAUAUAUCUUGUGCCUGUUA